AUGAUCGCAAUUGGAAUGGAGGGCUCCGCCAACAAGAUUGGGGUAGGCAUCAUGCUGCAUCCCAAGGAUGGCAGCCCCCCCAAAGUCCUGGCCAACAUUCGACACACCUAUGUUUCCCCACCAGGUGAGGGUUUCUUGCCCAAAGAUACUGCUCGCCACCACCGAGCGUGGGUGGUGAAGCUAGUAAGAAGCGCUCUCAAGGAAGCGCGGGUGUCAGUUGAGGAUGUGGAUUGCAUUUGCUUUACCAAAGGCCCUGGAAUGGGUGCCCCGCUCCAAAGCGUCGCAGUUGCGGCGCGGAUGAUGAGUCUCCUUUGGGCCAAGGCUCUGGUCGGGGUUAAUCACUGUGUGGGCCAUAUCGAAAUGGGCCGUCUGAUUACCGGCGCCACCAACCCUGUCGUUCUUUACGUGUCUGGCGGUAACACGCAGGUUAUCGCAUAUAGCUCUCAGCGCUACCGGAUCUUUGGUGAAACCCUCGAUAUCGCCGUUGGUAACUGCUUGGACCGAUUCGCCCGUACAUUACACAUCUCCAACGACCCGGCCCCAGGCUAUAAUAUCGAACAGCUCGCAAAACAAGGCAAACAGCUGGUGGAUCUCCCAUACGUUGUAAAGGGCAUGGACUGUUCAUUCUCUGGAAUACUGGCUGCGAUUGAUGCACUGGCGGCUAAAUGGGGAUUGGAUGGAGAAGAACGAGCAAGAGAGGAUGUCGCAGAGACUACAAGCGAGGAAGCGCAAGGCGAAGGCUCUGGCCGGAAGCCGAGUCGAGCCGAUCUUUGUUUCUCUUUGCAGGAGACGGUGUAUUCGAUGCUUGUUGAGAUUACAGAGCGUGCAAUGGCACAUGUCGGAUCUAAACAAGUACUCAUCGUCGGUGGCGUGGGUUCUAAUGAAAGACUACAAGAGAUGAUGAGUAUCAUGGCACGAGACCGGGGUGGUAGUGUGUAUGCCACUGAUGAACGCUUUUGUAUCGAUAAUGGGAUAAUGAUCGCGCAAGCUGGUAUGCUGGCAUAUCAGACUGGCUUCCGGACUCCACUAAAGGAAUCAACUUGCACACAGCGAUUCCGGACGGAUGAAGUAUUUGUGGAAUGGAGAGAUGAUUAG